AUGGCAGAAGGCACUAGGGGCCAAGAGAACAGGAAGUUCGAGGAAACCAUUCGGAAUCUGCUGAAGGAACAGAGGGAGCAGUUCGAACGAGAGCUGGAAGCAAUCAAAAGCCUGGUGUUGGAAGUUUGUAGCCAAAGGAGUUCUGGGCAGCAAGAAUCAUCACGCAAUUCUAAGGAUGAAUAUCCAGGAAGCCGCGGAGGCAGCUAUCAGACUCCGACCAGAUUCUCUCGCAUCGAGUUUCCCAAAUUCGGAGGGGCAGACUUCAAGAGCUGGUUAUAUAAGUGUGACCAAUUCUUUGAAAUCGAUGAAACUCCUUCAGAAACCAAGGUCAGAAUAGCUGCGAUGCAUUUGGAGGAUAAGGCGCUGCAGUGGCAUCAAGUUUUCAUGAAGGCUAGGAUCUCUAGAGAUCCACCUUCAUGGGAAGAGUACGUGAGAGCCUUGGGCGCCAGAUUUGGGGAUUGUCUUUAUGAUGAUCCCAUGGGAGAUCUGAAGAGCUUGAAGCAGACCAGGACCGUGAAAGAAUACCAGGAUUCAUUCGAAGAGCUGCUGAAUCGAGUAGCUCUUCCUGAGCAGUAUGCGGUGAGCUGUUUCAUAAGGGGAUUGAGGGAAGAAAUCCAGUUGCUGAAUCGAGUAGCUCUUCCUGAGCAGUAUGCGGUGAGCUGUUUCAUAAGGGGAUUGAGGGAAGAAAUCCAGUUGUCAGUCAGGAUGUUCAUGCCUCGCGACCUACAACAUGCGGUGGGCCUAGCUAAAAUUGAGGAGGCCAAAAUUCUGAAUACUUGGAAAAACAACAAACACCCAGGACCUUCAAGAAUGCCUACCCCUUACUCACCAAAUGUUGGACCGAGUAACAGCUUCGCCAGGCAGAGUAAUCUGAACAGCACCCCUAUAUUACCCAAACCAGGGGAACAAGGGGGGAGAAAUGUGGGGGAACAGAGGCGGAACUCCCGGUUCUUGAGCACUGCUGAAAUGGAUGAAAAGAGAGCUAAAGGACUAUGCUACUGGUGCAAUGAACGUUACAGUCCCGGUCAUCAGUGCAGGAGGAGGCAGCUUUUCAGGAUUGAAUGUGUUGAAGAGGAGACUGAGGAACAGGAACCAGAAUGCUUGGAGGAGGAUGAACAAGAAGAGGUGACAGAAGGUAAUCUAGCUCAAAUUUCUACUAGUGCCAUGUGCAGCUUAUUGGUUCCUAAUUUCAGGACUAUGAGGGUACAUGGCCAAGUCGAAAGAAAAACCUUCAGUAUCCUUAUAGAUUGUGGCAGUUCCCACAACUUCCUACAUCCCAACAUGGUAAGAAAGUUUGGCCUGAGAACAGUGCAAGUUGCUCCUGUUAAAGUAGUAGUGGCAGAUGGAAGCUCUCUCACCACGACCACUCUAUGCCCUGGGUUCCAGUGGAGAAUGCAAGGUCAAGUAUUUGAGGGAGAUGUAUUGGUCCUACCUGUAGGCGGUUGUGAAGUAGUACUUGGAAUGCAGUGGUUAUCUACUUUAGGGGAUGUUAAGUGGAAUUUCUCUGAGCUACGCAUGGAGUUUGUUCAGAAGGGCAAGAAGGCGGUAUUAAGGGGGAUCAAACAACAACCAGUCCAAGUAGUUUCAAAAAAGCAAAUGCAGAAGCUCCUGAGCAAACCUGAGCAAAUUGAAACAGCUCAGCUGUGCUUGGUGACAGCAGAAAAUGACUACAAAGAAGCGGAAGUGAUAGCAGACUGUGCUUCCAUGGAACGUGAAGUAAAGGUAACUCCCUACAAACACCAACUUGAGUUACUUUUAGCAAAUUACAAUAAGGUAUUUGAAGAACCUACGAUAUUACCCCCUGCUAGAAUGCAUGACCACAGGAUCUAUCUCAAGGAGGGCACACAACCAAUAAAUGUUAGACCUUAUAGAUACCCUGCAUUUCAGAAAGGCGAAAUUGAAAGGUUGGUGACUGAAAUGUUGGAUAAUGGUGUUGUUAGACCCAGUAAUAGCCCUUAUUCCUCUCCCGUAGUCUUGGUAAAAAAGAAAGACGGUACUUGGCGAAUGUGUGUGGACUAUAGGGAGCUCAACAAGGCUACGGUAAAGGAUAAAUUCCCUAUUCCAUUGAUCGAAGAGCUCUUUGAUGAGCUGUUUGGAGCUGUUGUUUUUACUAAGUUAGAUCUAAGGUCGGGGUAUCACCAGAUUCGAAUGCAUUCGGAUGAUAUUGCUAAAACGGCAUUUCGGACUCACGAUGGACACUAUGAAUUUUUAGUUAUGCCAUUUGGCCUAACCAACGCACCAUCAACCUUCCAGAGUUUAAUGAAUGACAUCUUCAAGCCUUUUCUAAGGAAGUUCCUGCUGGUUUUCUUUGACGAUAUCUUAAUAUACAGCAAGUCCGAGGAUGAGCACUUACAGCACUUGACAACAGUGUUUGAGACGUUGCUCAAACACCAACUCAAGGUCAAGAGGAACAAGUGUUCGUUUGCGGCUGACCAGAUUGAAUACUUGGGACAUGUGAUUUCAGCAGAGGGAGUUAGCGCAGAUCCUCAGAAACUUGUAAGCAUUCAGCAGUGGCCUACACCUGUUACCAUCAAGGAGUUGAGGGGUUUUUUGGGUUUGACAGGCUAUUACCGCAGGUUUAUUAAAGGAUAUGGGAUGAUAGCAAGGCCCUUGACAGAUUUGCUCAAGAAAAAUGCCUUUGCAUGGCAUGAUGGAGCUACCACAGCAUUCGAUCAAUUGAAGCUUGCUAUGACUUCCCCUCCAGUACUAACCUUACCAGAUUUUUCCCAGGAGUUUGUAGUAGAAACAGAUGCUUCCAACUUGGGCAUUGGAGCUGUCUUGCUACAGCAGGGGAGGCCACUAGCAUUCUUUAGCAAGGUCUUAGCACCUAAGCACCAGGGCCUGUCAGUUUAUGAAAAGGAAAUGCUAGCCAUUGUGAAUGCCAUACAGAAAUGGAGACCAUACCUGUUAGGAGGACAUUUCAUCAUCAAAACUGAUCAUCAGAGCCUCAAAUAUCUGAUAGAACAAAAAAUUUCAACACCAAGCCAGCAGAAGUGGUUAUCCAAAUUGAUGGGGUAUGACUAUGUGGUGCAGUUCAAGAAGGGUAGUGAAAAUGUCACAGCUGAUGCUCUAUCCAGGAUACCUCAUGCAACCGCCACCUCUUGGUCAAUCCAUGGUAUUACUACGGAUUUGCUAUCUGAGAUACAGCAAUCAUGGCAGUCAGAUCCUAAGGUACAGGAAACCAUUCAGCAGCUGAUCUCGGAUGACACUUCCAGGGCCAAGCAUUAUAGUUGGGACAACCAGGUGUUGAGGAGAAAGGGAAAACUGGUGGUAAGAGCUGACAAAAUGCUCAGGGACAAAAUAAUAAAAUUUUGGCACACAAGCUCCUUCGGAGGACACUCUGGGAUCCUGGUGACAUUCCAGAAGUUAAAGGGGACUUUUUAUUGGAAACACAUGCAUGAGGAUGUCUACAAAUUCGUUACUGCUUGUGACGUCUGCCAAAGGCAUAAGGCAGAUUUGGCAGCUUAUCCGGGGCUCUUACAGCCGUUGCCAAUACCAACAAAAAUAUGGACAGACGUCUCGAUGGAUUUUAUUGAAGGCCUUCCAAAAUCUCAAGGAAGACAAGUCAUUAUGGUGGUAGUAGAUCGUUUGAGCAAAUAUGCACACUUCUGCGCCUUAUCUCACCCUUACACCGCGAUGGAGGGAUUGCGAUCUUUCUCAGCCAUUUUUGACGGAACUGUUCAAGCUCUUGAGGUCCAGCUACAUUUUCUACGUUUUGACCUCCUCGAGCAACGGCGCAACCGGAGGUGGAAGCUACCCCCUCUCCAUGUCCCUUAUCUUCCUGGUUCAUCUGUAGUAGAGGCUGUGGAUAGAAGCUUGGCUGCAAGGGAAAAAGUACUGCACCUCCUUAAGCACAACCUUCAGAAGGCUCAAAAUCGCAUGAAGCAAAUUGCUGAUGGCCGUAGGUCUGACCGAGAAUUCACAGUUGGGGACAUGGUUUAUGUCAAAUUGCAUCCAUAUAAACAACAUUCCCUCAAAUCAUCCAGCUGUCAGAAGCUUGCUCCAAGGUAUUUUGGGCCUUUUCCAGUCAUAGAAAGAAUAGGGAAAGUGGCCUACAAACUGCAACUCCCUGAUCAUGCACGCAUCCAUCCAACCUUCCAUGUAUCACUAUUUGAAAAAGAAGAUAGGAUCUCAGCCUGUCGCACCCCAUUUACCAGCUGCAAUCAACGAUCAAGGUCAACUGCUGGUCGAACCAGUUGUAAUUUUAGACAGACGCAUUGCGAAGAAAGGCAACCAGGCAGCAACUCAGGUUUUGGUCCAAUGGAGUAA